AUGUCCAAGUUAGUAGAGCAGUUCCUGAAAUUAAAGCCGCCGAAGUUCAAUGGUAAAGGUGAUCCUGAGGCCGCGCCCCGUUGGGUUGAGGGGUUGGAGAAGGCUUUCGAAGUGCUAGGGUGUACCGAGGCCGAAAAGGUGACAUUGGCUGUGUAUCAACUGCAGGACAACGCCGAUGAUUGGUGGAAGGCCACCAAAGGAAGGGUAUUUCCCGAAGGGACCGCUCCAACUUGGACCGUAUUUUCUGAGACUUUCAUGGGAAAAUUCUUUUCUGAGAGCGCCAGGGAAAGGAAACUGGCAGAAUUCAUGAGGCUCCGCCAGGAAUUGAUGACCGUAGAUCAAUACGAGGCAGAAUUUGCGAGACUGUCGAGGUUCGCGCCAAAGAUGUUGGAGCACCCUGAGGACAAGGCGCGAAGGUUUCGGGAUAGACUGAAAGCCGACAUUCGCGGCCAGCUGAUACCUGUGAAUUUAAAGACCUAUGAGGAUUUAUAUGAGAGAGCUCAGGCUAUUGAGCGGGAGCAAGUAGAUAGAGCGGCCGCAUCUGGAUCGCGAUUCGCACCGGCUAAGGACAAAAGCCGUUUUGGGAAGAAACUAAUGGCGGGAAACAGGAGAUUUGUCCCACUGAUCAGGAAGAACAUCGGAAAGCCGAAUCACCAGCAGAACAGGUGCAUGGUGUCUGGAGACUAUAUUGGAUGA